AUGGACACUUGUUUAAAAUCAACUUUAAACAAUUAUAAUUUUAGAUCAAUUGAUAUAGACUAUACAGAAUUUAGUAACACUCAAAACUCAGAUAAUAAUUCAUCAAGUACCAAAGUAAUAACUACUUUAUCAAAAGAAGACGAAUACAUGUCUACUAAUAAAAAUCAUAAGAAUCAAGAUGAAGAAGAACCAGUAAAGAAUCCCAAGAAAUAUAUACCACCACAUAAAUCUAAAAGCUCCCAGAAAAAUCAAAGUCAUAAUCCAUCCAAAAAUCAAUAUCAAAAACGAAAUGGUUUUAAUAAUUCUACAACUAAAAAUGAACCAAGUAUCAACAUGGACAUAUCAUUCAUGGAUGAAGAAAAAUUAGCAAUGAGAAGAAAGAGAUUUGAAUCCAACAAUAACAAUACCAACGUCAAAACCAAUAUCAACGGUUCUAAACUCCCAAUUACAACUACUACACCAACGACAAAAAGAUACGAUUAUGGAUUAAUAAGUAGGGGAGAUGAUAAACGACUACAAGAAUCUCAAACAGAAAGAGAAGAAUUCUUUCUAUACAUCUUAAACAAGUUCAUUCAAUAUACUUCUCAAAACACAUCAAGAUCAUUAUAUGAAACAAUUGAAAAAUUAAAAGAAUUAAACCCUGAAGAUUUCGAAAGUGCAAAAUCUUUAGAUUUACAAGAACUUCCAAAGAAAGAUUGUAAUGAAAUAAUGUUGGAUAGUUUAUCAAUGGAUAUUAGGAAACUAAGAGAAAGUUUAUUAAAUCAACCACCUACUCAAUUUCAUAAGAAGGUAUUUUUAUUUUCAGUUCGAUUUUCAAAUUAUUUUGGGAAUUUUAAAACUUAUAUUCCAAGUAUUAAUUAUUUACUUCAUUAUUCAAAACAACUACAACUAACAAAAUUAGAAAUUGAAGAAAUUAUAAUUGUAUUGGUACUACAUUUAGUUCACAAAAAUAACAAUCUACAACAAGCAAUGAAUUACUACGUCAAAUAUAUCCCAAAUAGACCAGAUAUCCUACACAUCAUAAAAGCAUGGGUCUACAACGAUUAUUUUACAUGGAUAAGUAUUUACAACAAUUGUGAGAAUUACACAAUUAAGUCAAUGAUGAGUUUAGGUCUUAACAAAAUAAUUAACAAAAUGAUCAAAAUAAUAACGUCAAGUUAUUAUAAUCUACACAAAUCAGUGAUUGAAAGAAAUUAUCUACCUAAAGAAAUGAAGUUUGAGGAGUUUAAAACAAAGUAUAAUGUAACUUGGGAAUUGGAAGAUAAUGGGAAUGUAAUUAUAAGGAGACGAAAUAGACGUAAAUAG